UGCUUGGAAUGAGCCCUAUAUUAUGACGAAUCUCGUUGUGCUUCUUACACAGAUCUUCCCUCUCUGAAAGGUAAAUUAACAAUGGAUUCAAAUAAGUUAUGGAUCCUUUCACUGUGUUUGCUAGUUAUGGUGUUGGGAACAAAGGCGACUGCUCCAAAGAAGCCAGUGGAUGUCCCAUUCGGCAAGAACUAUGUUCCCACUUGGGCAUUUGACCACAUUAAGUACUUCAAUGGCGGCUCUGAGAUCCAACUACUCCUAGACAAUUACACUGGAACGGGAUUUCAGUCCAAAGGUUCAUACUUGUUUGGCCACUUCAGUAUGCAAAUGAAGUUGGUUCCCGGAGAUUCUGCCGGCACCGUCACUGCCUUCUACUUGUCAUCUCAAAACUCGGAACACGAUGAGAUAGAUUUUGAGUUUCUGGGUAAUCGGAGCGGGCAACCAUACAUUUUGCAGACGAAUGUAUUCACGGGAGGAAAGGGUGACAGAGAACAGAGGAUUUAUCUUUGGUUCGAUCCAACCAAGAACUACCAUUCUUACUCCGUUUUGUGGAAUCUCUACAUAAUAGCAUUUUUUGUAGACGACGUUCCAAUUAGAGUGUUCAAAAACUGCAAAGAUCUUAGAGUGAAGUUCCCCUUUGACCAACCCAUGAAGAUCUAUUCAAGCCUUUGGAAUGCCGAUGAUUGGGCCACAAGGGGAGGUCUGGAAAAGACGAAUUGGGCCAAGGCUCCAUUCAAUGCCGCCUAUAAAGGCUUCCACAUAGACGGUUGUGAGGCAUCUGUUGAAGCUAAAUUUUGUGCCACACAAGGUAAACGUUGGUGGGAUCAAAAGGAGUUUCAGGACUUAGAUGCAGUCCAAUAUCGCCGUCUUAAAUGGGUUAGAGACAAGUACACAAUUUAUAACUAUUGUGUUGAUCGUAAGAGAUACCCCGUAAUGCCACCCGAAUGUGUUCGUGACCGUGAUGUUUGAAGUUGCAUAUCAUGUACAAAAUUUUAUGGCUUGUAUAGGCCAUUUAAUUGAUGUUGUCUUGUAUAAGUAUUAUUACUACCCUUGUUUGUUUUAUGGUUCUAUCCUAAAACGUGUGGUAUGGUCAUUCAAUUAUUCAAGUGAUGCAUUAUUGGCUAUA